GUAGUGGGGGAAGGGGUCGCUGAAGUUGACGGAACCGCCAUCUUGAAAAGUGCCCUCCGAUGAUCUACCUUUUCGCGCCUGUCAGAAUCAGUUUUAAACGCUUUAUUUUUCUUACCGGAAUUUUGUGUUAUCGCUGUGAUCGUUUUGUUAAGGCCUGGGGCUAAUGGCAAGAUAAGCCACAUGCUGGAGACUCGCCGUUUACCGUUGUUUAUCGGUGUGUGCUGUUGAUCUGCUGUAUGUGUGCUGUUUGUCAGUCUGUCCAUCACCGUUGUCUGCCUGUCUGUCCAUCCGGCUAGCCUGGAAUGGGCCACAACUCCCAAAGAUUAAAACACACCUCUUUUUAACCUGAGCUCUGCUAUCUGGACUCCAACAUACUCACAGAGCCAACAUGUUUUGGAAAUUUGACCUCCACACCACAUCCCACAUCGACACGCUGCUAGAGAAGGAGGAUGUGACGCUGACAGAGGUGAUGGAUGAGGAUGAUGUCCUGCAGGAGUGCAAGGCCCAGAACCAUAAAUUGGUUGACUUCCUGCUGAGACCACAGUGCAUGGAGGAUCUGGUCACCUUCAUCACACAGGAACCCAGUACUGAUGUUGAGGAGAAGGUUAAAUACAAGUAUCCCAACAUAUCGUGUGAGCUGCUUACAUCAGAUGUGAGCCAGAUAAAUGACAGACUUGGAGAAGAUGAAAAACUGCUGAUGAAACUUUAUGGCUUCCUCCAGAAUGAGCCACCACUCAACCCGCUCCUGGCCAGCUUUUUCUCCAAGGUUCUGUCUAUUCUUAUAGGACGCAAGCCUGAACAGAUAGUGGAUUUUCUGCGGAAGCGGGAGGACUUUGUAGAUUUGAUGAUCAAACACAUCGGGACAUCUGCCAUCAUGGACCUGCUGCUCAGAAUGCUCACCUGCAUUGAACCACAACAGCUACGACAAGAUGUUCUCAAUUGGCUGAAUGAGGAAAAGGUGAUUCAGAGACUUGUGGACAUGGUACAGCCUUCUCAAGAUGAGGAUAGACACUCCAAUGCUUCCCAGUCACUGUGUGAGAUAAUCAGACUCAGCAGAGAUCAGAUGUUCCAGGUCCAGGGCUGCUCAGAGCCCGACCCACUUCUGGCCACACUUGAAAAGCAGGAGACGGUGGAGCAGCUGCUGUCUAAUAUCUUUGACAAAGAGAAGAAUGAAUCUGCAAUUGUCAGUGUUAUUCAGAUCCUCCUCACAUUGUUUGAGACAAGGAGACCAGCGUUUGAGGGUCAUAUGGAGUGCCCCCCAGGGAUGUCCCAUCCGUCGUUCUCAGUCAACCACAGCAUCCUGGAGGCUGUGAGACCCCGACUUAAAGACUUUCACCAGCUGCUACUGGAACCCCCAAAGAAGAAUGUGAUGAAGACAACAUGGGGGGUGCUGGACCCUCCGGUGGGCAACACCAGGCUCAAUGUAGUCAGACUGGUUGCCAGUCUGUUGCAGAGCAACACACACAGCAUCAACACAGAACUCAUUAACCUCAACACACUGGGAGUCAUACUAGACAUGUAUUUCAAAUACAUCUGGAACAACUUCCUCCACAUUCAAGUGGAGAUCUGCACAGCCAUGAUUCUGGCUAUGCCACCUGCCCCCACUGACAUCCAGCCAGACACAGAGCAGGAUCAUGCAAGGGAGAGCAUCCUCAUCAAACAUCUGUUUCAAAAGUGCCAGUUUAUACAGAGAAUCGUAGACGCCUGGAGCUCCAAUGAGAAAGAACAGGCGGAAGGUGGUCGGCGACGAGGCUACAUGGGGCACCUCACCAGAAUAGCCAAUUCUAUAGUUCAUAACUGUGACAAAGGCCCUAAUGGACCGCAGAUACAACAGCUCAUCUCUGAGCUCCAAGCAGAGGACAGAGAGAAAUGGGAGGCCUUUAUCUCUGGGCAGCUGGCUGACACAAACAAAAGAAACACUGUCGACUUGGUGAACACACACCACAUCCAUUCCUCCAGUGAUGAUGAGGUAGACUUUAAAGACAGUGGCUUUCACCAGGACUCCUCUCUACAACAAGCCUUUUCUGAUUAUCAGAUGCAACAAAUGACGUCCAAUUUUAUUGAGCAGUUCGGCUUCAAUGAUGAAGAGUUUGCUGAUCAGGACGAUGUUGUGGAUAUUCCCUUUGAUAGAAUAUCAGACAUCAAUUUUUCACUGAAUACAAAUGAAAGUGCAAACAUAGCUUUGUUUGAGGCACGCUGUAAGGAGAAAAUCCAGCAGUUUGAAGAUGCUGGUUCAGAUGAGGAAGAUAUCUGGGAUGAAAAAGAUGUCACCUUUGCACCAGAGGCACAGAGACGCCCCAGGAGUUCAGGCAGCACCGACAGUGAAGAGAGCACAGACUCGGAGGAGGAGGAUGGAAAAAGAGAUCCAUUCGAGGCCUCCAACCCCAGCACCGAUGACAGAAUGGAAGUUGACACAGGGCCAGUGUGGACAGCCAACUUCGAUGACAUCCCCAUGGACACAGGUACAUCCACAGCUCCAGCCGCCAGCCCCAAUGACCCUGCUGCCUCCUCUCCUUUGUCCUCCUCCUCUUCAACAGAAGUCAUCCCCGAGGCAGCAUGGAGCGCCUCUCCUGCUGCCACCUCCAACUCUGAGACAGGCUGGGCUGAUUUCUCAAACUUCACCCCUGUUAGCCCUAAAGACCCACUGAGGUGCAACUCUCCCGUUGCUAUGGAAACCAGCAUAGAGACAAUGGACCCUCUGGGGGUCAAUGCACCCAUGCAGCCUGAAGAUUGUGAUGGGUGGUUGGGAACCAGUGUGGCUUCUCCCUCCUCCACCUCACCUAAGGACUGUGGGAGAUCUAAAUCAGAGGAGGAAACGGCCUGCUGUGAGCAGCGCAGCAUCACAGAAACAGUCAUUAACGGCUCCAUGAAAGAAACGGUCAGCCUCACUGUUGACGCCAAGACUGAGACCGCCGUCUUCAAGAGUGAUGAAGAGAAGAGUGCUUCUUCAGAGAAAUACUCAGUAGGGGAGUGUGUGGAUUUGGAGAGAACAGGCGUCAACAGCUCAGCCGCAGCCUGCUGUCCCAAAACAGGUGAGAAGUGUCGGUCCACUGUGGAGCUUCCCAACGGUCCUCUAGAGGAAAUGUCAGCCAUAGAGGAGGCCAAAGUGGACAAGAGUGCCGUGUCCUCAGAGCCAGCUGUAAAUGGGCCGGCGUGAGGGUCGUCUAAUGCCAGCCAAUGGCCAGCCUGUUCUGCCACGCAGGGCCCUCCUCUUGGCUUGCCAACAGAGGCCACUGCUCAGAGCUGUACCAAUCACACGCCUCCACCAGGACCAGCAAUACUCCCAUCGGCGCAUCACUGACAGUCAGACAGACAGGUGUACAGACACAGGAUGAACUGAAAAGCAAAACGAGAGACAUACUCAAAUGGAUACAGAAUAGUUUUUUCUUUCUGCAUUUGUUUAUAUACUAUUGUUCUUAUGAGGUGAUGUGCAACUGAUAUCUUGCCACUCAAAAUUAAAUAGUAAUGUUGCUAUAGUUAAAGAAAUGAUUGUAUGAAUAAAAUAUUUUAUAAAAAGAAAAAUGUAUACAGAAACAUAAGAUGAAUUACCACAGAAACAGGAAUAGCUGAUUGGUGACCCAACCAACCACUAAGCUGUUGUUACUAGCAAUUGCUAUAUUUAAAUUCUUACCCACCAUUGGUCUGUGUCUCUGAGCAAAGCCACUCCUACAAAUUGAAACACAUUUUAAAAACCACAGUUAAAGUUUUAUGUUGCUGCAGGUAUUCUUUGUAAAUGUUUUUCUCUUGUACUCUUCUGCAUUGAGUAAGAUUUGACAAGCUUUUUUGGUAUAAUUUUUUUUAUUUAUUAUGGAAGUAAAAUGAUGGUUAUGUUUUGUUACUUAAGAGCCAUACCAACACACUCUCUCCCCUUCUAGCGGGCUGCAUUCAUGCUAACUGGGUUCCUACCUCGCAGCUAGAAGGCUAAUCAGGAGAGAUGCAGUUUGUUGACACCACAGCCUAAACUGGGAGCUGUAAAUGUUUUAAGCCCCCAAACUUCUCCACAACCACAGUCCCUGUUCUUUGGCCCAACACUCCUUUUUGUUUCUUUAAAUCUCAAGUGCUUUUAGACCAGUGAUUCUCAACUUGGGGAUCUCCCUUAAUAUUACAUUCACAUUUAGGAAAUUCCAUUAUUCCAUUGCAGGGUGAAGAUAUAUCCAGACAGUGUGCAGGGGUGUUUUUUUUCUUUUUGUAAACAUCUACAGCAUUUUAGCAGACUUGGUGGAGUGGAAGUGCUGUUAAAGAUAAACAGGAACAUGAAAUGAAAUGACAAGAAAAUGCUGUGUGAUUCAGUUUAUGGAGAGAAUUUUGAAAUUUGAAAUUGUAGAUUUGGACAAAUUCCAACCACUGGUGUUUAUUGUUAGACUAUGUUCAGACUGGCAACAGUACUGUGUGUGUGUGUGGGGGGGGGGACCUCAGCUCUUGUCUUUUCAAGGUGUUGAUAGCAAGUCAGGGCUUGAACAUGGCUAAAUACUUGCUGAAACACAGUGACAUCAGACAGCUCACUACGAUGGCCAGUUGAAACAAUGCAAGCACACAUUUCUGGUAGAUUUAAGAUGAACAGUGACAUUCUGCUGUUUUCCUGCCAGUUGUUGACAUGGAGGAUAAGACGACUUGUCACUGUGAUAACUUUCCAGAGUUGUAUAAUCCUUCCUCAUAACAUGCUGUGCAGUGUUUUGGUGUCUGACAAGCCUUUGGUAGUAUGAAUCUGUUUCUCAGACUUCCUGCCUUCCUUCCUGCAUUGUAUUUUAUUUCUCAGCAGCAACCAAAGUAACAUACCCUCACCCAUGCAGACCCUUGCAUCUUGCAGUGAUGUUUAAUCCCGGAAGUUCAGUUUGAGUAAAGCAUCUUUGAAUGUGAAGAGUUUUUAGUGCUAUUGUCAGUCUGAAUGCAGCUUUCCACCUACAUUUAAAAAAAAUCCAUCUUGAUGAGGGGUUAACUUGAAAUUUGACUUGCAGUUUUCAAACUUGAAUUUUUUUAAAAAACAGACUUCAAACCUGCCAUGGUUGUGUUCAGACAUACUGUAGUUGUCUAUGUAUAUAUGGCCUUUUAGCUUUGCUUUGGUCUUCACCAACUCCUUGGAAAAAUGGUGCCUAUGAGGUGCCAGAUGCUUACAUUUUUUUCCUUAACAUUAUAAUUAAAUGAUCAGUUUUAGCAUUGGGCCAGUUGUUAGCCUGCUUAGCACAAAUGCACAAAUCAACAUCAGCUAAAUCCACUGAGUUCUGUUGUGGCGCUACUGGUGAUUACCUGUCUAUGUUAGGUUAACUAAGCCCGCCAUUGACCAAUCACCGAUGCAUCUACCUGCAGCUGGGAUGAAAUGAUUUAUAUUUUACUAGAAAUCACACUCUUCUGCAGCCUUCCUUCUUUCCAUGGAACACCUUCUUUUCCCCACACCUUGGCAACACACGAUUCACUGUUUGCCGUUUGAUUCCAGACGAAAAUGAUUUUGUAACUCAUAGUUUUCUGUACCAGCGUUGGAAAGGGAAUAAGCUAUUUACAGAUGACAGUACAACUGAACCCCCACUUUUUUGUCUGAUUAUUAAUGAAUUAAAUUUCAUCUUAAUUUCUGAA